AUGCUUUACGACAGUGUCGCAAAUCAUGAUGCAACUUCACUCAUGGAAACGAGCCCGCGGACGGAGUUUUGUUUGCACUCUUGGGGAGCUAACAGCUACGGGCAGCUCGGACAGGGGCACGUGGAGGACCUGUCGGAGCCCCGGCUCGCAGACACCGCCGCUCUAAAACACACUGCUUUACGGGCCGUCAGCGGGGGCGGGGGUCACACCGCGGCCCUUUCCGAAAGCGGAGAGGUGUUUGUGUGCGGACAGAAUCACAGAGGCCAGCUGGGACUCGGCCACAAUGCAGACGUCUCAACUCUCCAACUCUGCCCCAGUCUGAACCAAAGGGUCACAAAAGUAGUCUGUGGUUGGGAUUUUACUCUUCUUCUCAACGACUGUGGUGGAAUACUAGCGUGUGGCUCCAAUGCUUAUGGACAACUGGGGGUUGGACCCAACGUCUCCCACUCGGCAGAGCUCCUGCUCGUUGAGAGUCUGGGGGAGCCGGUGGUGAGUGUAGCAGCAGGACUCAGACAUUCGUUAGCCGUUACUGACUCCGGCCGCGUCUACCAGUGGGGUAGCGGUCUUUACACUCACGCUAAGAGAGCCCUUAGUCCACGUCCUGUCCCAGCACAUCUCCGCUCUACGGUGCCAGUUCUGGUUCCAGGUUUGGAUCAGAAGACCUCACACAGGGUAACUGCAGGCUCAGCGCACUGCGUGUGUCUUACAGGAGACGGGGAUUUGUUCCUGUGGGGAAGCAACAAGCGUGGCCAGCUGACCGGCACAGAGCCCUUCCUGUCCACGCCGACCCCUGUGAAGCGCUCACUGCUGGGCGGCGAGAAAGUCGCCGGCGCGUGGAGCGGCUGGACGCACGUUGCCGCUCAAACAGAAAGUGGACGAGUGUUCACAUGGGGCAGAGGGGAUUAUGGGCAGCUGGGCCGACGAGCAUCAACCCGUCAGAACCCGACGUGCCCGUCACCGGCAGGCGGAGACCAGGAAGCUCGCCUCCCUGCCGAGGUUGCCGGCCUCCGCGGAGCGACACAGAUUGCAUGCGGAUCUGAACACAACCUUGCCAUUGUAGACGGGUGUCUCCUCUCCUGGGGCUGGAACGAACACGGGAUGUGCGGAGACGGUUCGCAGAGCGACGUCCGCCAGCCGCAGCCCGUCUCCGGAGUCAGACCUCUUCUCAUUGGCUGUGGUGCUGGACAUUCGAUGGCAACGUGCGCCGCAACGACCGACCUGAGACGAAACUCUGCGACCGCUCCGCCUCACUGACCUCGGAGGAGGAGCGUUUAUUCAUCGCGGCACAAUCAGACGAGCAAAACCCAAAGGGCUUUGUGAAUGAACAGCUCUUACUUGUCAGGAGGCUUAUUGGUGGUUCGCGUAGCACCUCGUGAUUAUUUGAAGCGUCUAACACUGCAACUUUCACCUCCCAAAUGGCCUACUUAAGCUCCUCGAAAGGAUCCGGCUGCACUGGCCGUAAAUGCUGAGGGGUGGUUGGUGGGACACCAACUGAUUUAUGUUUCACGUGAAGAGGAGCCGUUAUUUCUCCCAGCAGCCAGUUGCUUUGAUGAAGGUGAUUGGGGCCCACGGACGUGGCCACGCCCACGGCCACGGCUCUCGCCAUGCUGGUCUCCCAGGAGGAAAGCCUCUGUGGGUCGUGUGAGGAAGGGGCCGGACUGGUGCUAUGACUCCAUCCAUGUUAGCAGUUUUAUUGCUGGGAUGAUGUUUGUCAGAAAGCAAUAAAUCUCUGCUCUUCAUAAGGAAAAAUCGCUCGGCCGUGUUUUACCAGUUACACAACAAAUAUAAUUUGUUGGACUGCUGUCCAUCACUUUUUUUUUGCAUUCUGUGUCAUAUUCUUUGAUCAGUACUUGGCUCACUUUCAUACUGUAAACCACUUAAUCUAUUUUGGGGGACAUUUUUUCCUCCGCACUCGACCCAAAAUACAUAUUUAUAAGCUGUGGGCAACCGCAGUGCACCACCCGGUGACCGAACUGCAGGUCUGAAGACACGGCUGUGGUCAAGGGCAGUGACGGAAAUGAGAAUAGCUCAAUGGUGCAAUUUUUUUCUUUUUUAUGUUUCAUGUUUUUAUUUUCUCUAUAUGAUUUAUGCAAAUUUGAUAUAUAUUUAUAUUUUUAUAUAUAUAUAUAUAUAUAUAUAUAUAUAUAUAUACACACAUAUUAAAGACAUUAAUGACAAUGAAUGUGCCCGGAUUAGUUUAGAAAAAAUACAUCCACACUCUAUCAAAUCUGAUCAUUUCUGUGUUUUUUUUAUUUUUUUUAUCACUAUUUAUUGUACAAGCCUGAACUGUAUCGGUCAAAAAGGACACAACAAUCCCGAAACAACAGACCAAUCAAAACGAUCACUGAACACCUCAUUGAGAUAACUAAACCACAAAAUGCACUGUGUUCAAAUUGCACACGCACAACUAAACCACAAAAUGCACUGUGUUCAAAUUCCCGAGUCGCGCCAAACGGCGCAGUAGUUGCCUCUCAGUUGUUAUCAAUCCCUUUUAAUUUUACAGGCUGUUGGGUUAUUUCUUCUCUGCAACAAUGACCAGCACACCAUCCCCUAUUUGUGCUCCGCUCCAAUGGCAGACUGAACUCUGCUGCAUCUGGCUUCACACAGAUCUCACAAGGUUGUUGGCAGUGUUUUUUUUGCAGUUGUUUGGUAAAAAGUUGGUCCCUGUCAUGACAAACAAUUAGGCUGCACUAUGUACCCAAUGGCUCUCCUUUAAGACUUGAAUGAGGUCUUAACAGCCUUGUGUGGGUCCUGCUUGUAUCCUUGUGCUUUUUGAGUGAACUGAUGCUUUCAAUGGCUGGUGGUUGGUUACUAAUGUCAAAUGAAAUGUGCAUUAAUUCGUCACAUGCUCCUGAAUGGUAUGAAUAACUUGCAUAACAGAGGCACUUGUCCAGUAUGUGUGUAAUGUGUUGGCAUUAGUAUAGUUUACUGCUUUAUGCCAAUGUGCAUUUGUGCAGAAAAACAAACCAAUUCCACAUGAUCAACCAUUAAAAUGUAAGACUCAUUAUGAAUGUCUGAGCUAUGAUACGAAUAAAUGUAUUUUAGAUCCAA